CCACUGCCUACGCUGCCCUAGUCCGUUCUCGUCGCCACAGGAAUGCCAAGCAGCAGGGUUUUUGAGGCGCUUUCGUCCUGUUUUUCCAGCCAUGUGCACUUGCUUCCCUCCGCCCUUGGCUCGCCCUCUUCGCCUCGUCAUCGUGUCUCGACUCUUCAUGCUCUUCAGGCGCCCAACGUUCUCAAGCUAGCGUCUGCUUUGCGGCUUGUGCCGUCCCCGACCCGCAAAGCACUCGGGCAGUGCGUGCUCGCCGCCGCUCACGAUAUCCCAGCUUCCCCGCGGCAGGGUUGGGCAUCCCCCACAUAUUCAGUCACGCAAGACCACUGGCUCUCUAUCGCUCUUGUACGGUGUCCUUCCCUUCUAUCUCGCCAGCCCGCCACCAGUGUGCUCAAGCGUCGCGAUUUGAGCAGUCAGGUAGGCGUCGGGCAACCCGUACGUGGGUAUCGAGGUUCCAUGCGCAGGUGCGUGGCUCUUUAUACUCCUUCCCUGCCCCUUCUUUUGACCGUAACACCCUCCUGUUACCCUUUGUCCCCUCCUGAUACCCUUUGUCCCCUCCUGAUACCCUUCGUCCCCUCCUGAUACCCUUUGUCCCCUCCUGAUACCCUUCGUCCCCUCCUUAUACCCUUUCUCCGCUGCCCCUCGCUGCCUGCGUUCACUGCUGGAGAUCUAUGUCGCUUCUCUGGACUCCUUAUGAGUCACUUCCAGUCGUCCGAAGGCCUUCUGCCGCGAUGACUGACCCUAUUAUUCGUGCUCGCUUGUUCAUGGACGCGCGGCUCGGUUGUUCGUGAAAGCGCGCAUGCCUUCGCACCUAGAAGCACUGCACCCUGUCGAAUUCGUGUUCGCUGGGGACAUGAGUGAUCGACGAG